AUAACACCCAGAUCAUGAAACCAAGCGGACUACCCUAAAACAAAGGCGGCGCUGGGCGAUGACGCGUUUGGGGCGACCUUGCGCCAGAGCCUGGCAAAGGCCAAGGUGCGAGAUAUGACCACCGCCGCUCCCAGCACAUCUACGGGCGCUUGCGUUGUGCUCUCCGGGGCCGCGGGUCGCAGCUUCAUCACCGCCGCCGGCGCCGCGCUGGGUUUGGAGCACGUGCCGCUAGAGGCCAUGAAGACGGCGACGCGGCCUGUACAUCUGCACCUGGGGGGAGUCUACUCCUUCUCCAGCCACCUGAAGCGCCAGCUGCUGCCGGCCCUCACGGAGCUGAGGGCGGCCAAAAGCGGCGGAGGUCGCGCCACAGUGUCGUUGGACAUCAACGGCCACGAGGCAGACCAAGUGGACGGAGUCCGGGAGCUUCUGCCGGUCCUCGACCUCUUCAAAGGGAACGUCCCCGAGGUGGAAGCGCUCAUGGGCUGCAGCUGGAGAGAGGCCAUGACCAAAAUUGCCGCAGUGGGCCCCGCUGUGGUGGUCACGCGCGGUGCUGAAGGCGCCUUUUGGGCCGCCCAGGGCGCCUUCGGCGCGGUGCCGCCUUCGCCGCUGCCGGCGGCGACGGCGACGGACAGCACCGGGGCGGGGGACGCCUGCAGCGCGGCGCUGGUGGCCUCCUGGGCGUGCGGCGAGGACUUGGCCUCCGCAGUGGCCAAGGGCUGCGCAGCGGGCACCCUGAACUGCGCCCGGAGCGGGGGCUGCGAUGUGCCCGUCACCUGGGCGGAGAUCAUGGCCCAUGUGGACGGCGAGAAAAAGCGAACCUCGGGCGGCCCGCACCGAGCGUUGGCCGAGGACGAGCUAUGGCAGGCGAUGCAGUUCGCCAGCUACCCCAGGCGCAUCACUGGCGUGCAGAUUGUGGUGUACGCGAACAAGCCGCACCGGAACUUGGACUUGCUCCAGCGGCACGCGCCCUUCCCCGUGAAGAUCCUCCGCCAGGAGGGGGAGUGGAAGGGGACCUUGGACAAGCUCAUCGGAUACUGGACAUAUCUUAAGACGGUGAGCGACGACGACGUGGUGGUCUUUCUCGACGCCUUCGACGUUUUCCCCAACGGCCUGGAUGGCCAUGAGCUUCUGCGGAGGUUUUUCUCCUUCGGCACGCCGGUGGUCAUCGCGGCCGAGGAGAACGUCUUCCCCCGGGAAGUUCUGGAGCAGGCCAAAAUGGCUGUGGAGCAGAUGGACGCUGUGGGCUUGGGAAAUGCCUCGGCUCCCUCGCGGUUCCUCAACGCGGGGGGCAUCAUCGGCAUGGGCUGGGCCCUCAGGAAGAUGUACGACGACGUGAGAGACAACAUGGCUGCCAACAACCCCCAGAUGUUGAUGGCGCAUGCUGACAUCGUGGGGCAUUGGUUUCUUCACUCCUACGACCAGUACGAGCUCUGGCGGUAUUUCAUCCGCCAUGUCCGUUCAGUUGAAGAAGGCCAGGAGGAGAGGAUGGUGGCUUUGGACACUGAGCAGCUGAUCUUUGGGUCCACAGUUUACCAGAAGGCGAACUGGCCGGUUCUGCUGAACAACACGGAGCCGGGCAUCGCUACCAGAGAGGGGAAGGGCCACUCCAUCGAUGUGGAUGUGCCUCUGGUCUUCGAUGCCCCGCAGUCGGUCUUCGAAACCUACGGCUGCAGCGGGCGCUUCCUGGGACGAGCGUUCUUCCCUGUCUUCUGGCAUGGCCACGGACCUUGGAAGGCUGCUUGGGAAGGCCUGCGGAAUCGCUUGCAGAGUGCUGGCUGCCUUGCGGAUGGCAUGCCUCGCGUGCAGUGGUUCACCAAAAAGAUGCUGGCGGAUUCGCCCCCAGUCUGGAAGUUGGUGAUCCGCCCCCCGCGCCGGCGCUACACGCGCCUGGAGCUCUGCGGCCAGUUCGGCAACCGGUUCCGCGUGGGCAACGUGGUGGUGAACCGCACCAACUACGAGAUCACCAAUGGGCGGCGGGACGUGGCGGGGUGCGUCUCGCUUGGGGCGCUCGCCCCCGUUUUCGACGGGCCAGGUCUCGAGUCUCGAGCCUUCUGCGGAGCCGUGAGGCCGCGCCCCGGGCGCCUUGAGCGCGCAGCCCGCGUCGAGGAUGGCGCCGCCUUCGGCGGCUUCCAGGGCCUGGGGCUGUCUUCAGCGGCGGAGAUGGCCGCGGCGAGCCGCGGGUACCGGAGCCCCACGGAAGUGCAGCGGCAGACCUUCCAGGCCAUCCGCGACGGAAGGAAUUUGGUGGUCCGCGCCCGCACCGGCGCGGGCAAGACAUUGAGCUUUCUGCUGCCUACCAUGGACCGCCUGCACCAAGAAGCGCAGGGCACCGUGCUGGUGCUGAGCCCCGUGCGAGAGCUGUCCAUGCAGAUUCACGCAGAAGCCGCGAAGUUGGCGGAGAACUUCCCAGGCGUUUCGCCCCUUCUGAUGGUAGGCGGCUCGAACUGGGAGGAGGACGUGGAGCGCUUGGCGCGCGCAUCCGAUGCCUUGAUGCUCAUCGCCACCCCAGGCCGCCUGCAGACGCACCUGGAGAAGACCCCGGCCUUUCGGGAGCGGCUCCGCCAAGUGCAAGUGCUGGUCCUGGAUGAGGCGGAUCAGCUAGCCGGGGAGAUCUUUGGUGAGACGACGCGGGGCCUGCUGGAGACGCUGCAGUUGCCGCCGAAGGCGCAGCAUCUCUUCUACUCCGCCACGGUGACGAGGGAGGUGACCCAACUCAUUGCCCAGGUGGCGGAGGAUCACAGCUAUGUGGACGUCUUGGAGUCCAAAGAUGUCGUGCCAGACUCGAUCGUGCAGACGUAUCGUGUGGUGCCCACUGAAGAGAUGACGCUCUCGCUUUGGGAGGCCGUGGAGGAUGCGAGAAAGUACUUUUCCGGUGACCCGCCCAAGAUGGUGGUGAUCUUUCUGACUGGUCGCAUCGCCGCCUACUACGCCGAAGUCUUCCGACAGUCCCACUGUGAGCUGGAGGUCUUCGAAAUUCACUCAAGGAUGAAGCAGCAGCAGCGGACGGAGCAGUCAGAGGGCUUCCGGCGCGCGGCCCGCGGCCUGCUCUUUACCUCGGACGUGACCUCCAGGGGCCUGGACUACCCCAACGUCACCUCGGUGGUGCAGGUGGGCGCCCCGGACAACCGCGCGGAGUACGUGCACCGCGUGGGCCGCACCGGGCGAAACGAGCGCCAAGGCCUGGGCAUCCUUUUGCUGCACGAGUUCGAGCGAGACUUCCUGGCCAAACUGCAGGGCCUCGGGCAGCCAGCGGAAGACCGGCGGCUCCGCCGGUCGAACCCGGAGAUCCAAGCGGAGCUGGCGGCGCUGCCGGUGCCGGAGAACGUGAAGAACCAAGCCUACUACUCCCGCAUCAACCAUGUCAUGAGGCAUGCGGAAAGCGUGGAUGUGCUGGAGGUCUUCCGGGAAGCCCAGCGCUUCGCAGACUCCAUCGGCGCACUCGCCGAUGGUCGGCCGCCGGCUCUGACGGAGGAGAAUGCGCGGAGGUACGGCGUCGCAGACAUCUCCGAUCCAGCCAUCAACAUUGUCAAAGAUGCUACUCCGGAGGUGACGAUAUCAUAUCAGCAGAUGGACGCCGCCGCGCUCUACGCCGCCCUGCCGUCGCUCCUCGCGCGCGAACUGCGCGAAGCUGGCAAGGCGGUGGCCUACUUCGUCCAUGGUGAUAUCGCCAAGCACUACGCUGGGCUGAUGCGUCAGGAUGGGCCUGAGGCGGCUCUGCGGCUCCCCGAACCCGUGCGCUCUCCCCGAAGCCGUGCGCGUCGCUAUGCGCCGUUUCUUCGCUUCGAGGAGGUCUUUGAGGCGCACUCGGCCAUGAGCAAGAAGGUGCGGCGAAGAGCGCUACAGAGCUUCGAAGCCGCAGACUGCGGGCUGCUGCUGACGGCAGGCCUUGCUCCCUCAAGCAUUCCAGCGGCAGGAGUGGAGGCGGUGGUUCUCAUCGGUCUGCCGAGAUCUUCCAAGGACUACCAGCAAUUGGUGGCCCUCGUCUUGCGGUGCGAAGCACGGGGUUCGCUGCUGAUCAGCAGCUUCGAGGAAGCCAUCUUGGGUGCCAUGGGCGCGCAGGGCCUACGCGCAGCGCCAUCUGAGCUGCAGCCGGCCAAGGCUGUGGAGUGCAGAUCAGCAGCCCAGGCGUACCUCGCGUGGCUGCGGCAUUAUGGUGACCACCCCAUGAUCGAGGACAAGACCGAGCUCAUCCAGCAAGCAAAGGAUCUUGCAGAUGCCAUGGGCGCGAACGGUGAUGCCCAGACCUGGUCGAAAGCAUGGGAUCAGCUGCGAAAGACGUGA